CGCAACCUUGGUUUGCGUGGCAACCGGAAGCAGUAGCAUGACCGAGCAAAGACACGUUGUACUGAGAACGAGCGAUUUCGAAGCAGGGAGGGAGCGGUACCUCGAUGAGAACAAACCGGAUCCUUUGGUUCGAAAACAAAUCGUCUCAUGGAGUUUGGAUUGGAACGAUGGCUCUCGCGAACCCUACGUUGUUCAUUGGGAUGAUAGUGUCGACUCGGCUCCAACUCGCGAAAUUUGUGGGGUUGUCGUGUGGGCCGGAGAAUGGGUGCAACUCUGCAUGCCUGUUUCCUGUAGCUGGACAGGCGACAAAAGCGAGGGCCGGUUAUUUUAUACAUGUUUUGUUAAAGCGUCGCUCCGAAAAGCACCAGAAAAUGCUUGUAAAUCUGACCAAAAGAUACACGACCGUAUGGUGCAACGUCUGAAACAGGACGACUACGUACAAAAAAUCUUGGAGAAGCCAUUGGAAUUGUGCCAGGCGACGAUAAACAGAGAUUCCGACCACUUGGAAGAACGAGUUCAUUGCAAUCAAGAGGCCGCUGAAGCAAUUCGGCGAUCCAUAUUUUCGACGGCAGAAAGUGCACUAGAUGUCUUUGAUUGGGUUUUAGCGUUACCGGCACUGCCUUGUACUUUACAUUCACAACUCAUAACAAGGACGGCAUUGGCGGAUCGCGCCAAGCUAAGAGUUUUGGAAGACGCCAUGUACGAUGCCUGCGAACAAGAAGAGGAAGAGGAAAUUUUACGUGAGCUCAAGCUUCAAGCACCACCAGUAAAAAAGUCUAAGGCCUGAUAAAGUUCUGCGU